AUGGCAUUCCUUCCUCCUCAAGAAGGGAGAGAGAGUUACCAGUGUACGGUGCAAAAAUGUGAAAGUACAACGUGUCCUGAAAGUGCAAGUGUUUGUACAGCCACUAAAGGCUGCUUCAAUGAAAUCCAGAGAUUUGGCACACCAUCUUCUGCUACAAACCAAAUGUUUAAGCAAAAAGGAUGUUCUAAAGACACAUGUAGCGAACUGGAAUUCUCAGCCACACUUGGGGCUCAACGGAGAUUUAGCUUUGUGAACCGUUGCUGCACAUCUGAUAACUGCAACAAAGGUGACUUAACACUACCUCAGGCAUCUGAAGAAGCCAAUGGUAUUCAAUGUCUUGCCUACUAUGAGGAGCCAGGCACGCAAAGUAUCCUAAGUUUCCUCAACUGCACGGGAAAUGAGACGAAGUGUGUUGCGGUUAUUGGUACAGCAGCGGGAAGCAGUCACCCCUUCGCCUUUGUGAUCGCUGGAAUGGGCUGUGCGACAGAAAGCGCCUGCAACAAGAGUAUGACUGUUCUCAACAGCACAAAUAUCCUCACCUUCUGCUCCAGCGACUUAGCUUGGUCUUCAGUUCCGGAUAGCACUGGCCUUCGACCUGCUUCCAUCUCAACAGUACCAAUGCUGAUUGUUCUCCUCCUGCUGAAAGUCUUGCUUUGA